CUGUUCUGGAGAUUUCUAUAUAAUACAGCAGUGGCUGAGCUCCCGGUCGGGCAGUGAUUAGUGGGUGCGAGCGAGUUGGCCACUGGGACAACAGCGCCAACAAUCAUGGCGGCGGUGACUGAGGACAAGUCGGAGCAGGAAAGCGAAGCAGAGGAAGACGUGUACGAAGUGGAAAGGAUCGUGGACAUGAAGGUUUCCGAGGGUCAGAUCUUGUACAGAGUGCACUGGAAAGGCUAUUCUUCUGAUGAAGACACAUGGGAGCCAGAGGCUCACCUAGAGGACUGCACUGAAGUGUUGCAAGUUUUUAAACGGAAAUCAGUAGAAAAAACAGCUAUAAAAGACAAUCGGAAAUUUCUAUUAGAUAAAGAUAUUUUUGAAGAUGAUUUUGGUGAAGAUGACGGAGGGACGAGAGAAUUCUCACCACUGAAAAUAAAAAAGAAGAAAAAAAUUAGAGCUGAGCUGGACAUGAAUGUUGAUAGUUCUAAAAAGGAACAAAAAAUGAAAUCCAAGUCGAGGUCAAAUAGUGAAACUGAACUGAAGGAUACCUCGUCAGGAAAUGUCAAGGAGCUUCCUGAAGAAGAUAUGGGAAAGAAAAAGUGUCUAGCUGAUCUCAAGAGACUGAAGAAAAAGACUGAAAGGCUGAGUUCUUCAUCAGAGUCGCUCACACAUAAUGAUUUAAUGGUUGAAGCGAACCUUGAGGAAGACAAAGAGCAGGAAGUGGAUUCUAAUGAACCAAUAUUUGGUGAAAGAAGUGAGAAAGCAGUCAAAAAAUUGGCCAGGCCAGACUCUGUUACAGCUCCAAAAAGAUCCCUGGAUAGCUCAGAGGAAGACGACCUUGAACAUAGAGUGAAGAGAAAGAAGAAAUUGAGAGUAGAUGAUGCCAAGCUGGAAAUUAUGGCACAGAAAAAGAACCAGAAAGAUGAUCAUACAGAGAAGAAAAGCAUAAGCAAAGAGAACAGCAGUCAGGGCAAAAAGCACAAAAGUCAUGAGAAAAGAAAGGAAUCUGUAUCUUCUAUAAAAUCAGAUGGAUUGGAUAUCAAAGUACCAAGAAGUCCCAAAUCAUCCAAAGUUGAAGAUAAAGGCAGAAAGUCAUUGGAUGGUGAAAACAGCACCAUUCCAAAAUCUGAUUUAGGGAAAAAUGUAGUGAUUAAGAAAUUAAUGAAAAUGCACAAUGUGACGACUGAUGGUUCUUUAAAGUCUGGUUCUGCAAGUACCGAGCAGGUGUUUCAGGGUUCAGAAUUCAGUGUAACCACUUCAGGGCAAACUUCUCUAUUUACUGAGUCCAGCAGUCUCUUUGACAAGUUAAGUCUGGUCUCUGAACCUAACAAAGGAGAAAAUGUGAAGCUGGCUGACAGACCAAAUUACUCAGCAACAAAUACUGAUGGGAAACUGGAAGUGAUUAAAAUCUCAGCUCAGUCAUGUUCUCGAGAAAAAGUGGGCAAGAAAGGUGAAGCAUCCAAAGAUCUCUUUGAUAAAAUGUUGGACACGGACAAAGGGGAGAAAGGUCGAAAGGAGCAAAAUGCAGAACGCAAUAAUCGAGAGAUGAAGGGUCUCUUUGACAAAUUCAUGAUCCCUCUGAAUGAGGUACCUGACAAAGAGGAUCGGGAAAACAGGGAGGAUGGGGUUUGCCAGGAACCCAAAUCAGAAGACACUCGAACGAAAGAGAAGCAGCAGCUCCAAAAGGACAAAAAGAGUUUGAAGGAAGAGAAUGAUGCCAGGUUACACAGCGCUGUUACUGUUGAAGAAACUCAAGAAGUUUUGGAUACUAUUUGCCAGACUGAGGAGAAUGCAGAUAGCAGACCAGAGGUGCUAAAACUGGGUGUGGAUCUACAGCUUGAUUGGAUGACCCUGGAGGAAUUUCAGAAACAUCUGGAUGGAAAUGAUGAUUUAAUUUCUUCAGCAAAAAACAUAACCAAUAGUGUGUUGCGGGAUGCAGUAAAGAAUGGAGACUAUUUGACAGUGAAACGGGCCCUGAACUCGAAUGAAGAAUAUAAUCUGGAUCAAGAGGACCCUAGUGGGAUGAAUCUGGUCAUGUUUGCAGCUGCUGGGGGACAAGAUGACAUCCUUCGACUACUUAUUAAGAAGGAUGCAAAGAUCAAUUCUAGACAGAAGAAUGGGACAACUGCAUUAAUGCAUGCAGCUGAGAAGAAUUAUCUUACAACUGUAGCUAUUCUUCUGGAGGCAGGUUCUCAAGUUAAUGUUCAGCAGAUCAGUGGGGAAACUGCAUUAAUGAAGGCCUGCAAGAGAGGCAAUGCUGACAUUGUGAGGCUUUUGUUGGAAUAUGGUGCAGAUUGUGGCAUCCUUUCCAAACAUCAGAACAGUGCUCUCUAUUAUGCUAAACAGAGCAAUAACCUACUGGUAUAUGACCUGCUGAAGAACCAUGUGGAAACUAUAUCCAGAGUGGCAGAAGAGACAAUCCGAGAUUACUUUGAGGCACGCCUGACAUUACUGGAGCCUGUGUUUCCUAUAGCUUGUCACCGGCUUUGUGAAGGGCCAGACUUUGCAAUGGAUUUCAACUUCAAACCUCAGCACAAUUCAAUUGAAGGAACUGGGAUUCUUCUCUUUAUCUUUCAUGCAAACUUCUUUAGCCAUGAUCAUAUAGUGGCUAAACUCUGCGGGCCCUGCAGUGUCCAGGCUGUUGUCCUAAAUGAUAAAUUUCAGCUGCCUGUAUUCUUGGAUAGUCAUUUUAUUUAUUCCUUCAGCCCAGUGCCUGGCCCUAAUAAAUUAUUUAUUAGACUUGCUGAAGCACCUACUGCUAAGGUAAAGCUGCUUAUUUGUGCGUACAGAGUCCAACUCCAGUGAGCAUGGGAUGUGAGCCCCUCCACCACCCCAUUGGUUUAUCACUAAUUGUGAAGGACGAUUGUGAAUGUUUUCUUUCCACUUGAAGCUUCUCAGAUUGUUGGAAUUUUAGUCUCUCUCAGUCUGGAAACUUUCUGUGGGACUCAUAUAAACUCUUUAUAAAGAAAUAUUCCCAUAGAAAGUUUCACACAAGCUAUAGUUAUGAUGUGGAGUAAAUUGUCAUUUUUUAGAUGGCAGUCAAUUAUCUUAAGGAAAUAACAGGCACAGUAGCUCAUUUGCCUGACACAUUUGUCUGUGUAAAUCCUAACUGUACAUAGACGUUUCCACAGUGUGGAAAGGAGUGUUAUAUAAUGCUCCAGAUUGUGAAUAUUUAUGAAAGGUACCUGUUAACAAGUUGUUGUUUCAUAUUUGGGCAAGUGUGAGGCUUCUGCACUUUUCCUUAUUUGUUACUGAAACUUAGAUCUUGGUUAGUUAUUUUACUCUUGUUUUUCAAAAAUAAAGAAACCCCCUGCAACACUCACAAUUCUGUGCCUGGGGUUUAAGCAGAUUUUGCCCUCUGGCCUUUGCAGGAGUUACUUGCAACAUGGCCACUGCAAAGUCAAUGUGAGGCUAGGGUUUAUUUUUGUUUCCUCCCUUUUAUUUGGCCUUGCCUCCACUGGACAUUUUCCAGUUGGUAUGACGAGUUUACUAUGUGGAUAAUCACAGGUGUGCAUUUGUGUCUUACAACUCAAUGACAUAGCACAUUAAUUCACUGAUGUGAGGCAUUGCAGUACCACCAUUCCUGGUUUGUUUUAACACAGUAAUAAAAUAAUAAUAAUGAAUUGGGACACUUCAAUCCACAACUGUGGGACACUGCUGUGUGCAAUUGUCUGCUGCUUUUCACCCACAAAAUAUAGUCAAUUCACUUUAUGGUAUAUUCUGCAAAGCGCUUUGAGACGUCUUGAAGAUGUGAUAAAGCGUUAUAUCAAAUGCAAGGAUUCUUAUUAUUAUAGUAUUUCUUGUUAUGAACAUUUUUGUAUUUAUGAAUCUGUAUAGUGUAUCAUGGUGCAGAGAUGCAUUUUAAACUUUAAAAUAUUCUGGCAUUCCUUUAGAAGAUAUUGUAUGGAUAUUUACAUAAAUGAAGUUGUUGCUGUA